GCUUGUCCUCUGACUACUACCAUGACCUCCGACGCCCAGCUGAAAAGCGAAAUCGCGAGACUUACAGCCACAAUCGACCAGCAUAAAUCAUCAUCAUCCUCAUCUGGAUAUCCCUAUCGGACACCCCGGAACAACAGCUAUGUCAAUCCGACGUACAGACCACCCGCCAACAAGUACAUUCGAUCGUCAAUCCCGCCUCUCUCAAAGCCUCCGUCGAGUCGAUCAGUGCCGCCCUCAGUUCAAGGCACAAAGGACGUCAUACUCAACGGUGUCGCUUUGAAUCUUCUAGUCGAUCUUUGGUUCGCAAAGAUUUACCUAAAUCUACUCCUGUCCCCACCCCAAAUAUACCCACAGCUCGACCUCGCUUCAAGAAUGGGCCGCGUAUAUAUAAACCUAAAAGCUCUCGUCGCCGUGGUCCUGUGAACAUGACGCUGACCAACAACAGACGACCCUACCAGUCUCGUCGGGAAAUGAAGCGUCUCAAAUAUUCCGAAAAGCCAUGCCCUCGCUUUUCUACCACUGGCUCUUGUGCUCGUGGUCUUACAUGUGCUUACGCCCACGAUCCUGCGAAAAUCGCCGUCUGCUGGAACUUUCUCCAGGGCACCUGUCCGAAGACGGCUGAAACUUGCGACCUCUCCCACGACCCGACGCCGGAACGGACGCCACUCUGUGUGCAUUUUUCAACAAAGGUCGCUGCACUCGAGAUGCGUGCCCGUUCCCACAUGUCAACGUUGCAACACGUUCGUGAAUGCCCCGACUUUGCGGAGCAUGGUACUUGUACAAAGAAGGGAUGCAAGCUUCCUCACGUCAUUCGUGCCAAUCGCAACCGGAAGCCUCAGAUAUCUGCAAAUUCCAACGCGAAGUCUGCGACUGCUCUGGCUCCUCUUGUUUCUUCUUCUGGUGCUCCCAAGGCUGACUCCAGUGUGGCGACUGUCACGGUCGAGGACGCCCAGUUAGGGGAUGAGUUCAUUUCGCUGACCUUCAAUGAAAGUGAGAGCGAGACCGGGGAUGAUGACAGCGAGGACGGAGAAAGUAGCGAAGACGACGAGAGUGACUCAGAUGAGCUCACACAGGACACUCGCGACGAGAUGGACCGCCCGCUCGGCCCCCGCCAGCAGCCACCUGGGGAACGCUCUACCGCUUACGAAGAUAUCUUCGGUCGUCGCGCUGCCAAUCACCAUUCCCAGCAGCCACCGUAUCCUCCGAACCAGGCUCAAUAUCAGCCCUAUCCUCCUCAGCAACAAUACUACCCCUCGCAGGGAUACCCGCAAUACACGCAGCAGCCGCAGUACCGUCCUCAAGCUCCAUAUCCCCCGUCGUAUCCGCAACUGCAGACCCCGUAUCAAUACGUUCGUGCGCCCGCUGGUCCCCGUGCACCUAGCCUCCAUUCCUCCGUCUCGCACCCGCCCUUCCAGCAAAACCACCCUGGGCAUGGAGUUUUGGUCCCGCCACCGACCCAGAUGAGGGAUGAACAAGGUCUCACGCCGGCCCAGGCGUACCAGGCGCAGGUCGCGUAUGGACGAACCAGUCCUGCACCUCCGCAGGCCGGUAUGAGCCGCGGAAGUUUCCUCCCGCCACCUAAAUCGAAUGGGAUCGCUGCGAAUGGGGGUUUGGGCGCUAGUGGGAGUAGUCUGGAUCUGGGAGACCGGACCAGCAAGCCGCCAUCUCUCACUGUUGCUAUCGGCGAAGGACUCGGUUUCAACCUCAACUUCGAUGACUUCGGCGCCAAUUCUGCGCAAAACGAACGAGUGAAUUCAUCUGGUGCUGGGGGUGUGGUCGACGACUCAGCGCCUGGGAGUUUUGAUGAUGAUGAAGAAAGUGAACUGCCUUGGGCGCGAGAACGCGACUCUCCCUCUUCAACAAAGCGUGAGCACCUCUCAUCUCUUCUUUUCCUCCACCCUCCAAUUCACCGCAACAGCCGCGAAUACAACAGCCCACGUCGUAUGGAUCUCUCAGGCAUCCACAGGUCCAAGCACAUAGGAUCUCGACUGCGUCCGACACACCUCCUACCUCCAUUCGCUCCUCCGUCGCGUCUUCAUCGACAUCGCCGACCUCGCUCGAACAUGAGCCAUUCCCUCCCGCAGGGAACUAUGCACCUUCCAAUUAUUCGGGAACCACACUGGCGGCCAGUAGUACAGGGAACCAUUCGACGACCAACCGACGCCAGUCUGAAAGUGCGCGAACCUACCGAGGCUUUCUGGUCCACGGAAAGACCGGGCAGCUCAAGACCGAGCGAUGAGCAUGUCUGCAGUGUCCUCAAGCUCAACGCCACCCUCCCCGGCAUUCUCGUUGAUUCCCGGCCCGGGUGGUCCGAUACAUACAAAUUCGUCGUCAUCGACUGUCGCACACCCGAAACGACCGAGAGGUGCACCGAUAGUGUACCCUGCUUACUCUCGCUCGUAGCAGAUGCAUUCCGACAGCGGGUGCCUCUGGGUGAUCGCGUAAAAGAUGAGCUCACCUAUCACGACGCGUUUGAUGGACGAGAAGCUGUUGAUCGGAUAGCGCAUAUCAUCAAGACAACGGACCGAAACCUGGCGCUACUGCUAGGCCGGGCUUUGGAUGCUCAAAAGUUCUUCCACGAUGUCACAUAUGACCAUCGCUUACGCGACAGCGCAUCGGAGCUGUAUCAGUUCCAGACCAAGUUAUCCAGCCCGUUCGCCAGUGGAGAGAUGACGAUCAAGGGAAGCGAGGUUGGGGAGAAUCUGCUAGGUCCCCCGUCCGAUGUCGUGUCCCCGGAUUCGUUCGAUGACGCGAUUGGUCUGGUGGACAAACAAGAUGAUGCGCCGUUGCCCACCGGUGUGUUCACACUGUUGGCAGAUUGCUACAGUCCGACGUGCAGUCGAGAUCAGUUGUGCUACAGUAUAGCAUGUCCUCGGAGACUAGAGCAGCAGGCGAGGCUAAACAUGAAACCCGAGCCAGGUCUCAAGAACUCGAAGGAAACCAUCGCCGAGACACUCAACGAGCCUGAUGGCGACUCUGGUUUGCUGUGGAUCCACUCGGUACCUGCGGAGAUCCUCGCCAGCAUCGGUGACACCGAGAGGAAGCGACAAGAAGCGAUCAACGAAGUCAUAUACACUGAACGCGACUUUGUUCGCGACAUGGAGUAUCUUCGUGACACAUGGGUCUCUCGUAUCGCGGCAGCCGACUUCAUUGAGCCCGCAGAACGAAAGGAGCAGUUUUUGAUCCAAGUCUUCUGGAAUGCUCACGAUAUCAUCACUGUCAACGGCAAGCUCCGGGACGCCCUGAACAAGAGGCAACGUGGCUACGUUGUGGUGGAUAAGAUUGGAGACAUCUUUAUGGACGCGGUACCGCAUUUUGAGCCAUUCGUUAUGUAUGGAGCGCACCAGCUGUACGGGAAGUAUGAGUUUGAGAAGGAGAAGGGGCAGAAUCCUGCGUUUGCAGCAUUCGUCGAGGCCACCGAACGACUACCUGAAUCACGGAAACUGGAGCUCAACGCAUAUCUGACCAAGCCGACCACUCGUCUCGCUCGUUAUCCGCUACUGUUGGAAGCAGUGCUCAAGCACACACCCGCUGACUCUACGGACAAACAGACCUUGCCGCUUGUGAUUGAGAAGAUCCGAGCCCUGCUCUCGAGGGUGAACGAGGAAUCGGGCAAAGCGGAGAACCGAUUCAACCUUGCUCAGCUGGAUUCUCAGCUGCAGUUCAAGCAAGGGGAUCAGGUUGACUUGCGUUUGCGAGAAGAGGGCCGUGAACUUGUCUACAAGGGUCCGCUCAACAAGCGAGAUGGCGAGCUCCAGGUGUAUCUGUUCGAUCAUGCCCUGCUGUUCGUCAAGAUCGUUAAGCAGAAGCAGACUGAGCAUAUGCGAGUUUACCGCAAACCUAUUCCUUUGGAACUGCUUCUCGUCUCAGCGUCGGAAGACAUGAACGGCAAAGAUAAGGACACGCUGCGGGGUCAACGGCGGCAGCUCGUGCGAAAGUCGUCGUUCGGGAACGGCGCUGGACAGCGGGGGUCGCCACAUCCUCCUUCAGUCGUGAUCCGAGCAGACGCCAAGGGACCGAAUUGGAUCAGUUUCUCGCACCUGGGGAGGAAGGCGUACAGUCUGGUGCUGUCUGCCGGCACGCCAUUGGCUCAGCGCAAAUGGAUGGAGAAUAUCAUCAAGCAGCAGACGGCUAUGCGCGAGAGGAGUCUGGUCUUUGAUACGAUCGCACUGAGCGAGGGUUUCUUCGGUGCCAAUAAGGUCAAUUGCGCUGCACCCUUCAGCGGUGGACGGCGUAUCGUGUAUGGCACUGACGACGGUGUCUACAUCUCUGACUUGCGGGAGCUUCACAAGGAUCCCGUCAAGGUUCUUGCCCUGCUUGACGUUAGUCAAGUAGAUGUUCUCGAGGACUACCAACUGCUUAUCGUUUUGUCGGAACGCCUUGUCAUGACUUUUCCUCUGGAAGCGCUGGACGCAAAUGACCCGACGGCUGGUCUCAAGCGCGCCAAACGGAUUGCAACGCAUACGUCCUUCUUCAAAGCCGGGUAUUGUCUCGGGCGGGUGAUUGUCUGUGUCGUCAAGUCAACGCAGCUCUCGUCUACGUUCAAGGCGCUCGAGCCGAUCGAGCAGAAUGUCCGAGGGCGUGCUAAGCCGACGUUCAAGAAGCUUCUGCAGGGUGGAAACGACACCCUUCGGCCGUUCAAGGAGUUUUAUAUUCCUGUCGAGUCUACCUCGAUCCACUACCUCAAGACUAGGAUGUGUAUCGGCUGCUCUAAAGGCUUUGAGAUUGUGGAUCUGGAAACACUGGAAACCCAGGGUCUGCUUGAUCCCUCGGACGAAAGUCUCGAAUUCGUUCGCAAGAAGGAGAAUUUACGGCCGAUGGCGAUUUAUCGAGUCAACAAUGACUUCCUCUUAUGUUACGAUGAGUUUGCGUUCUACGUGAACCGGACCGGUCGACGAUCGCGAAAGAACUUUAUCGUCUACUGGGAAGGAACACCCACUGGUUUCGCACUGCACGAGCCAUAUGUGCUGGCGUUCGAGCCCUCGUUCGUCGAGAUCCGACACAUCGACACUGGCUUGAUGUCGCAAGUGAUCCAAGGGUCGAAUCUCCGCCUACUUUUCGCUGACACCCCUCCGUCUGUGAACAAUGGGACCGGGUAUGCAUAUAACCAGGGCGGGUAUGACCGCUCACCGCAGUUCAACCCGUAUGCGCCUCCGCAGUACCAGUACCAGCAGCAGCAGCAACAGAGAUAUCCGCAGGGCGUGGGGCGGGACGAGAUCUUGAUGGUUUCCGACGACCGGGUGCUUGCGCUCCGGACCGCCGAAGGGCCGCAGCGUUUUAUGUCUGAUAAUGUGUCGAUGAUGUCCAUGCCUCGAUAAUCGCUUUCGUUCACACUAUUAGUAGUACUGAUUGUCAAUUGCGUUUUCUUUUACAUAUACAGUAUAUAUAUAUCAUCCACCAUUACACUUGCUUUUGUACACUCACUGCAAUACCAGGAUCCUCUGUUCUCAGCAAUGCAUUGAAUUCAAUGUGUAUUUAUCGAAAUAUUAC